AUGUCGCUCUACUAUGAAGCUGCAGAUGUUCUCAGUGGGCCCUCUCACACCGGUUCCCUCAAGUCGAGAGUGUAUAGUGGCAAGUGGAAGUCUCCUGCAGCGCAGAUUUAUGCGCUGAUAGUUGAAGUCGCAAAAUAUAAUGAGUGCAUCACGGAGGUAAUUGACAGUGCGGGCAUCCUGGCACACGAGCCAAAGUUAACUCCUAUUCUGUCACUUCUCCUCGUCUAUGACUUUCUGCUGUCUAAAAGAGGCAUCGCAGCGCCAUCGAAUCACCCCCUGCGUCUAGCAGUAGAGCGCCACAAGUCUCGUAUUAAUGCAGAACUUACGAAGCUGCGAAUCCGUCGAGGAUGCGCGUCGAAGGAGGAAUUGAAGCAAAAGCUGCUGCAGGACAAGCAAGCUACGGAGACAUUCUCGCCAAGAUGGAUACGAAUAAAUAAUGCACUGACAAGGCUGGAUCGUGAGAUGGGGAGUACUUUUGCUGGGUAUGGGCCUGUGAGUUCGUUGUCUGAGCUUGCGGAGGCCACGGCGGAUGAGAAGAAGAAGUACUACUUGGACGAACACAUCCCGGACCUUUUGGCGAUCAGCCGUGACAUCGACAUCACUUCCUCACCUGCAUAUAAGGAAGGAAGGCUUAUACUCCAGGACAAAGCCUCUUGUUUUCCUGCCUAUUUGCUACUGGGUGACCAUCCAGAGCAAUGGGAUGGUGAUCUGAUUGAUGGUUGUGCUGCCCCGGGAAACAAAACAACCCAUCUUGCUUCGUUACUCUCUUCUACCGCGAGGAAACAAAAAAAAAGAAUAUUUUCGCUAGAUGCAUCUCGCUCACGGUCCAAGAUUCUACAGACCAUGGUGAAAAAGGCCGGCGCGGAUGACAUGGUGACCGUCAUGCCUGGGCAGGACUUCCUGGCCCUCGACCCGACAGACACUCGAUUCCAGCAUGUUACUGCUCUUUUGCUUGACCCUAGCUGUUCGGGUAGUGGGAUCACAAAACGUGAAGAUGUUCCACAACUCAGCCUGCCCAAGUCAAAGUCUGAACUUGCGUCAACUACUACAUCUGGCUGCAAGGGAGUGAAGAACCGGAAGAGGAAACGCGAGACUCCAGUGGAUGCGUCUUCCACCGCCAACCCUCCAACAACAGGAGAAAAAGAAGAUGGGAGUGAACGGCUGGCGAAGCUUGCUAACCUGCAGAGUCAGAUAGUCGAGCAUGCCUUUAGCUUCCCAGCUGCCACCCGGGUCACUUACAGCACCUGCUCGAUACACCAGGAGGAGAACGAGGACGUAGUUGCUCGUGUGCUAGCCUCAUCGGUUUCUCAACGUCGUGGCUGGAGACUUGAGCUUCGGUCUGAGCAGGCAAGGGGGCUUCAGAAGUGGCAUCACCGCGGGAUACUCUCCGGUGAUUCCUUGGAGAGCUUACCCCUGCUGUCCUCUGAUCAGGUGGAGGCUUGUAUUCGAUGUUGGCCUGCAGGAGAUGAAGGCACCGGGGGGUUCUUUGUAGCUAUCUUUGUGCGGGACGAAAUUGGAGGCGAAGAGGAAGAACAGGAACAAGAAGAAGCUUAUACUGAAGAAUAUGACGACGUUUGGGAAGGUUUUAGUUCUAGCUAA